UAUUCUGCGGUUCCCUUUCAGCAGAUUCCCGGGUCCGGAGGGGUCAGGGCAGUCACCCGCAGAUCCACCCUGGCAGGGAGCGGGGGUGUGGGGCUCAGGGGAACCCGAAAUCGUGGAAAGGUCCCCCGGCCGCGGGAGGGGCUAAACUCGGAGUCAGAGUGAGCGUGACCCGGAGCGCAGAGAUCGGGGCCCGGUUAAACACUGUACCUCGGGGAACAAAACCGUGAAGGCUAAUUAGGACAAGUCGGCACGCGGAACGGGGACGCGGGGAGGGGGGCGCGCGCUCCGAAUUGAGCCGGGUCUGGAGCGGUCUCGGGAAACCUGAGCGCUGGAUAGUAAACCCAGCGCGACGUUUGCCCACGGUCUGCAGGGGUUGGGGCUCGGCCCACGGGAUUAGGGGCGUGCGUGGCGGCAUUCCCACGUGAUCUUGGUGACUGGGGUAUCAGGGAAGGAGCGCGCGUUAAAGAGGUGGACGCUGGGUGUGUGAAGUGUCCACGUGUGCAAGCUCUGGAGGGGAGGGGGCGCAGAAGGCGUGACAAAGACGGACUUUGUGUCUCAGUGUGCGCCUCGCUCCAGCCCGGGGCAGCGAACUGCGUCUGGCGUGUCUCGAAGGAAAGCCAGGACGAAGGUGACAAAGGCUGGGUGUCCGCCACUGAGAGACGCGCCAAGGCAGCCCCGGCGCCAGUGGGUGCGUACGCGAGCUGGGAGAUGCCGCGAGGGAGAGCCCGCCCGCGGGAUGUGCUGGGCUGCACCCCAAACCGCUUUCCAGAGAAAGAGCCGAAUCCAGAAAGUGAGUGCGCGUGAAUGUGCGCGUGCUCGCGUGCGGGGGCGUGGCAGUAAACAGCAACAACCCACACGCCAGCUUGGCUAGAAACUCGGAUCUCGCUCACCGGCCGGAAAGUGCGUCUCGGCCGAGGCUGGAGGUGAGUCGGCGGAGGGAGGGCAGGGCGGGCUUUGUUACUGUGUAAACGGAUUGCACCUACCUGGAGCGCCGCGGGCGCCGGAUAAGCGCCGUGAAUGGAGGUGAUGUCACGGUGAUACCGGCCGGCCCACCCUCGCCGAGAGGAAGGAGCCGGGCACCCGGCGCGAAAGCGAGCGACCUAGCGCGCCCAGCUCCGCCCGGGUCCCGGAGAGGCAGGUCCUGCGCCCCGCGCCCCCGCCGGGGCCCCGCCACCCCAGCCAGGGCUGAGGCUGGCGCUGCGCCCUGCGCGGAGUCCCUCCCACCCCCGCCCGCGCUCUGCCUGGAGCUGGAGUUGGCCCCAGACGCCGCGCCGGAGCCGGGCUGGCGGCGCGUCCCAGGGACCCAGCUGGUGCCUGGCCUGGGAGCCAGGAUGGCCACUCGCAGAGCCUUGCUGAUUUGCCUGGGACUGCCUCUCUUCCUGUUCCCAGGGGCCCAGGCCCAGAACCAGGCCCCGCCUGGCUGUAGCCCAGACCUCAACCCCCUCUACUACAACCUGUGUGACCGCUCUGGAGCUUGGGGCAUCAUCCUGGAGGCCGUGGCUGGGGCGGGCAUUGUCACCACGUUCGUGCUCACCAUCAUCCUCGUGGCCAGCCUGCCCUUUGUGCAGGACACCAAGAAGCGGAGCCUGCUGGGGACCCAGGUGUUCUUCCUGCUGGGCACGCUGGGCCUCUUCUUCCUCGUGUUCGCCUGCGUGGUGAAGCCCGACUUCUCCACCUGUGCCUCUCGGAGGUUCCUCUUCGGGGUCCUGUUUGCCAUCUGCUUCGCCUGCCUGCUGGCCCACGUCUUUGCCCUCAACUUCCUGGCCCGGAAGAACCACGGCCCCCGCGGCUGGGUGAUCUUCGCCGUGGCUCUGCUCCUGACCCUAGUGGAGGUCAUCAUCAACACCGAGUGGCUGAUCAUCACCCUGGUGCGGGGGGCUGGCGAGGGCGGCCCUGUGGGCAAUGGCAGCGCCGGCUGGGCCGCGGCCUCCCCCUGUGCCAUCGCCAACAUGGACUUUGUCAUGGCGCUCAUCUACGUGAUGCUGCUUCUGCUGGGGGCCUUCGUGGGCGCCUGGCCCGCCCUGUGCGGCCGCUUUAAGCGCUGGCGGAAGCACGGGGUCUUUGUGCUGCUCACCACGGCCACCUCCAUCGCCAUCUGGGUGGUGUGGAUCGUCAUGUACACCUACGGCAACCAGCAGCACCACAGCCCCACCUGGGACGACCCCACGCUGGCCAUCGCGCUUGCCGCCAACGCCUGGGCCUUCGUCCUCUUAUAUGUCAUCCCCGAGGUCUCCCAGGUGACCAAGGCCGGUCCAGAGCAGAGCUACCAGGGGGACAUGUACCCCACCCGGGGCGUGGGCUACGAGACCAUCUUGAAGGAACAGGCAGGCCAGAGCAUGUUUGUGGAGAACAAGGCGUUUUCCAUGGACGAGCCCAUCUCAGCUAAGAGACCAGUGUCACCUUACAGUGGCUAUAACGGACAGCUGCUGACCAGUGUGUACCAGCCCACCGAGAUGGCUCUGAUGCACAAAGGCCCGUCCGAAGGCACUUAUGACGUCAUCCUCCCACGGGCCACUGCCAACAGCCAGGUGAUGGGCAGUGCCAACUCGACCCUGCGGGCUGAAGACAUGUACGCGGCCCAGAGCCACCAGGCGGCCACGCCACCUAAGGACGGCAAGAACUCUCAGGCUCAGUCCCCGCAAAAUAAAACGAGACGGUAGACGCCCUCUUCCCUGGACUGCACGGCCACCUGAUGUCCUCAUUCCUCUGUACCUCUCUCGCCCUUGUCCUUGGAGCUGGGAGGGACCAGAGGCCACCAACCUGAAGCAGUGGACUGAUGGGGUCCCUGGGAAGGCCUGGGGUUCAGGGGUCUUCCUACUUCUGCCCAGCCAGCCUCCUGGUCCCCAAGUGACUGCAAUUGGAAGGAGCUGGUUGUGGACUCCCAUCUCCCCUCUUGAUCCCACCCUCCUUCCAAGUCACGGCCCUGUGUGUCUCCGGGUGUGGUUCUGCAGACAGCCCUGUCUGCUGCCUCUGUCUUGACACUGGACCUUCCUGGCUGGCUAUCUUGGUGUCCGGCAUCAUCUUGUCCCACUCGGCACCGAGGGGAAUGUUCUCUGUGAGCCUCUGGAGCCAAAUCAUGGCAGAAGUUGUCCCUUGUCCUCCUCCCCAGGGCCUUUUGCUACCACCUGGACUGUGGAAGGCCAUGAGCUGAGGCCAGUGCUUGGCCUGGACAGGUGAUGCUUCUGUUCAUGGCCGGUAGGUCCUGGAUUUGAGCCCUCUGCGCCAUGACCCUGACUAAGCCUUCCCCAGCUUCCAUGAAGUGGGUCCCACCACCAGGCCAGGGCCAGCCCUACCUGUCCUCUGAUCCCAACUGUCCUUGCCAUUUGGGACAGGGACUACCACACCGGUUCCAAGCCGGAAAGCUCUUCAUCAUUCAGUGCUACCUCAUGGAGAACCCCACGGAGAAUUUGGAGAGCUGUCAGGCCACAGUGGCAUUUGGGACUUGGCCUUGUUUACAUGCCAGGGUGCUCUGUAACCUUGUCUCCCCUCGUCGGCCUUUGGCUUCUCAGUUGUUUGGAAGGUGGCUCCUGGGAUAGGGGCAGGUAUCAUGCUCCUGAAUGACCUGGGCCUCGCAGGUUCUGAGGGGCGGGGGGCCUGCUGUGACUACCUGGGCAUCUGGCCAGGGCCUGGAAAUCCCCUUAGGAGAAACAGGCUGGGUCAAGGCUGCAUUCUCAGGGACCCGUUGAAGGUCCUGGACCAGGCAAGUUGGGAUCCAGACCUCUCCUGUGACAAACUGGUGGGACGUGGGGAGGCCCCUUAGGUAAGGGGUCUUGGACUGAAGAUUGUGACGGGCAGGGGGCUGAGUCUCCACCUCAGCUUGGGUGGCCGGCAUUGCUUUCAACACUGGAGGGACCUCUAGUGUCCUUGUUCUUGCACAUGCUACAGAGGGUUCUGACAGUCACCCAGGCAAGAGGGGCCAUUCUCAGAACCUGCAGGAUGCUGGUCCCGAGGAAAGGGAUGAGCAAGCUGAGACCUCCGCGCCAUCUUGGUCCUGCCCUUGGUACCCGACAGAGCUGGCCCAUCCAAGGGGUCCCCCUGAGUGUGCCCAGGAGCUCAGUCCUUAGCCCAGCAUCACCUCUGUGCAAGGUGGAAGGCAAGGACUUUUCUGAGAGGCACCUUGUGGUCGGCCCCACAGAUUCCCCAGUGCCACCCCCCUGUCCCCAUCAGCCUGUGCCUUUAUCACUGGAGCAUUUGUUCCAGAGCUGAACUGGGUGAACAGUUCCCACAAAGUACGGCUGGGUCCCCAGGUGUGAUCCCCUCUUCCCUUUCACUUCCAUGAAUAAUGUUUCCCUCCAAGGGACGGGGGCUCCUUGCACCUCAGACUGCCCUGAUCUGAGUUAGCGGCCCCCAAGGUCCCUUCAGUGAGUGAAGGCACUUGAGUACUACUGUUCUUGGUAACAAUCUCAGGAGUCUCGGGCUGGGCCGGGUGACCAGGGUGCUGCAGCCUGCAGUGGACCCAGGUGUGUCUGUAGCCGGACUCCUCAGCUUGAGGAAGCUCAGGAGGGAUGGGCUCCUGAAAGAUGCAGGCCAGUCCAGCUUUUGGACUGCUUCCUCCGCAGAGUCCAGAAGACGCAUGUGUUUUAGGAGGCAGGAGGCGCCUUCUCUGAAGUGGCCAAGGUGCCUCAUCCAGUGGGAGAAAACUGGUGCAGGUUCAUUGUCCUAGGCACCCCCUCAGUGUGUCUCACCCCUGCCACUGCCGGAUCCUGUCGCUGGAAGCAGAGGACUUCAUGACACUCAGAAUUAAACGACGAUCCUCCAUUUGGGAGGGGUUUCUGCCACUGA